UCGAUACCAGAAAAAGCUCGAGCUUCCUAUCAAAUCAUCUGUCCUACGCGAUGAAUCUUCUUGGCCUAUCGGCUACUUACUCAUGUGUAAAGGUGGUUGCUGGCAAGAGUUACGUUUCGCAGUGUAGCAUUUUUCGACGUGGCUUGUAAACGCUGCGACGCCCGCCUUUCCCGAAAACCGAAAACCUCAAACCCUCCACAAGUUCCUCCCUCUGCCGUCAUCCUCGUUCUGGAAGCUCACACGUGAAUCCUCCCACACAUUUGCUCGACUAUAAACUUUUCCAAGCUCGGUUUUACUUGUUCGCCUUAUCAGCAGGGUCUCUCACAACCGUAUUGCCAAUAAUCCUGUCGCCUCACCUCAAGACCAGGACUCUUCCUGUCCGCUGUUUACGACCAUCAUUGGAGAUAAAGAGGACUUAUUCUUCACAAAUCAACAUGACCACUUAUCCCCUCCGCCAGCUUUACUACGAUGGCAAGCGUCAGAACGCUACUUCGCAUUCCACUUUUCAGACGGUAGACCCGGCUACGGCAAAGCCUGUGGGAGAAGUCCAGGCCGCUUCCCAUGCCGACAUUGAUAGGGCUAUUGCCUCUGCACAAUCUGCUUUCCAGGCAUGGUCUACCACUCCUGCAAUUGAGAGAUCUCGUAUUCUCUUGAAGGCCGUUGCUCUCCUGAGAGAACGCAAUGAUGAAAUUGCCAAAGUCGAAACUCACGAUACUGGAAAGCCUUUCUCAGAGACCAGCACUGUUGAUGUUGUCACCGGCGCCGAUGUGCUGGAAUACUAUGCCAACAUGGUCGCCUCUGGCGGUCUGAACGGCGAGACCACCCAGCUCCGCCCUGAUGCCUGGGUCUAUACUACCAAGAACGCUCUGGGUGUCUGCGCAGGCAUUGGAGCCUGGAACUACCCUAUCCAAAUCGCCCUCUGGAAAUCAGCACCUUGUCUCGCAGCAGGAAACUGCAUGGUCUACAAGCCAUCAGAAUUCACUCCUCUGCACGCCCAAAUUCUUGCUGAAAUCUACACCGAGGCCGGUGUUCCAGCAGGCGUUUUCAAUGUCGUUCAGGGAGCUGGAGACGUGGGUGCCUACCUUACUGCCCACCCCAAGAUUGCCAAAGUCAGCUUUACAGGCCAAGUCAGCACCGGCAUGAAGGUCGCCGGCUCAGCAGCCGGAAACAUGAAAUACGUGACCAUGGAACUCGGCGGCAAGUCCCCUUUGAUCAUCCUCCCCGACUGCCCAGUCGAAAACGCAGUCGACGGAGCAAUGAUGGCAAACUUCUUCUCCACCGGUCAAGUCUGCACAAACGGCACCCGCGUCUUCGUCCCCAAAGCCAUGGUCCCCGCCUUUGAAAAACGCCUUCUCGAGAAAAUGGAAUACGUUCGCGCAGGAGAUGUCAUGGACUUGAACACGAACUUCGGGCCUUUGGUGAGCAAGACCCACUACCAAAAAGUCCUCGAUUACAUCCGCUACGGCGUAAACACCGACAAGGCCAAACUCAUCUACGGCGGCUUCGACAAGCCUUCUUCCACCACAGAGGCCCAGGCAGAUGGUUUCUGGGUCAAGCCCACAAUCUUCACAAACUGCACUGAUGACAUGCGCAUCGUAAAGGAAGAAAUCUUCGGUCCCGUAAUGUCCAUUUUGCCCUACGAUACCGUUGACGAGGUGGUCAAGCGCGCAAACGACACCCCUAUGGGUUUGGCUGCUGGUGUCUUUUCGCAGGAUAUCAACGCCGCUCAUAAGAUUGUCGCGCAAUUGCAGGCGGGCAUCACUUGGGUGAACACUUGGGGAGAGUCACCUGCUGAGAUGCCCGUGGGAGGUUGGAAAUUGAGUGGUGUAGGAGUGGAGAAUGGACGCAAGGGAUUGGAGGCGUGGGUCAAGAAUAAGAGUACGCUUGUCGAGAUGGGAGGCAUCGUUGGUACUGUGUUUGCUAAGCUCUAGAUGCAUUCCCUGCACAUGUUGUGUUUUAUUCAUGCGG